AUGAAAUCAAGAAGCUUUUGGUUAUCUCUCGUAUUGCUUGAGGUUUUCCUGUCGAUCACGAGGGGAUGGAUGGACGUGGAUAGGAGCAGAAGGCUGUAUUCGGAUGAGGGGAGGUUGCAUCAAGAGGACUCCAGAAAGUUUGAAGUUACAAGAAGAAAAGUGCUUUAUGGGCAGGAUGGCCUACAUGCAUCAUGUGAGAAGAAGUACUGCGGCCGGGGGAGUAAGUGUGUUGUGAACAAGGACACCAAUCAGCCCGAGUGCAGAUGUGUAGAAGAUUGCAGGUCCAGCUACAUGCCUGUGUGUGGAUCUGAUGGCAAGUUUUAUGAAAAUCAUUGUCAACUGCAUCGAGCCUCCUGUCUGCAGAGGAAGAAAAUCUACAUUAUCCAUAGCAAGGACUGUUUCUUCAAAGGUGACACCUGUACAAUGGCAGACUACAGCAGGCUCAAAAGCAUCCUCCUGGACCUGCAGGCUCAUCGUCAGAGCCUGCCGAGCAGCCCGGCUGAGGACAGAGUAUCCCAGAAGCGCCUUUUAGUUGAAGAUAUGUUUAAGCACUUGGAUAUAAACAGCGAUGGGCGUCUCAGCAGCUCUGAACUGACUCAGCUAAUGAAGAAGGAGGACCUGGAAGAUGACUUAUUGGAUUGUACGCUAGAAGACCUUCUCCGGUUUGAUGAUUACAACAGUGAUGGCCACUUAAACCUGCAGGAGCUCUACACAGCCUUCCAGGUGGUUCAGCUGAGCCUACCAGAGGACCAGAAGAUCAGCAUUACCACCAUUACAGUUGGCCUGAGCACCGUUCUGACUUGCAGCAUCCACGGGGCACUGCGGCCUCCCAUCAUCUGGAAGCGCAACGGCAUCAUCCUGAACUUCCUCGACUUGGAGGACAUCAAUGAUUUUGGAGAAGACGAUUCCCUCUACAUCACCAAGGUAACAACUAUUCACAUGGGCAACUACACCUGUCAUGCCUAUGGCUACGAAGAACUGUAUCAGACCCACAUCCUUCAGGUGAAUGUGCCACCAGUGAUUCGCGUCUACCCCGAAACGCAGGCACAGGAGCCUGGUGUGUCGGCAAGCCUCAAAUGUCACGCUGAAGGCAUCCCUAAUCCCCGAAUCACCUGGCUAAAGAACGGCAUUGAUAUCAUGCCAAAACUAUCCAAACAACUAACGCUCCUAGCAAAUGGAAGUGAACUUCAUAUCAGUAGUGUUCGGUAUGAAGACACUGGUGCCUAUACCUGCAUUGCUAAAAAUGAGGUGGGAGUGGAUGAGGACAUAUCUUCACUUUUCAUAGAAGAUUCAGCAAGAAAGACCCUUGCAAACAUACUGUGGCGAGAGGAAGGCCUGAGUGUUGGAAAUAUGUUCUAUGUCUUUUCUGAUGAUGGGAUCACAGUCCUUCAGCCAAACGAAUGUGAAAUCCGGAGACAUAUCAGGCCCGAAGAGAGGAUUUUCACAAGUUAUGAAGAGAUGUGUCCUAGAGUGAAAGGCGAAGGCACUCAGUCCUGCCUCUGGGCUUCGGCGGUCAAUGUCAGAGACAAGUACAUUUUUGUGACACAGCCUAAACAGAAUAGAGUAAUGAUAAUUGAUAUACAGACUCAAAAAGCCAUACAGUCCUUGGAUGUUGACCCGUUACCAACCAAAUUACAUUAUGACAAAUCCCACGACCAAGUCUGGGUGCUAAGCUGGGGUGACAUGCGGAAGUCCUCAUCAACGCUGCAGGUAAUACCAGAGGCAAGCACAGGGGAGGAUCAGCAUGUUAUCCGCACAACAUUUGAAGGAGUGGAUGAUUUUUUUAUACCACCUACAAAUCUUAUUAUAAAUCAUGUUAGGUUUGGCUUCAUCUUUAACAAAUCAAAAUCCGCAGUUCACAAAAUUGACCUGGAAACUGUGACCCACAUCAAGACUAUCAACUUCAAAAACUAUAGCUGCAUACCACUGACCAUGGCUUACACCCACCUGGGCGGGUACUACUUUGUUCAGUGUAGGAGGAGUAGGUCAGUGGCUGCGCCACCGCAGCUCAUGAUUGACAGUGUCACGGAUGCUGUCGUCGGCCGCAACAGCGACGUGUCGGGCACACCUUAUGUCUCACCGGACGGACGCUAUUUGGUCAGCGCGGAUGAAGACAGUGGCAGGAUCAAAGUCCAGGCUCUAACUGUCCGAGGGGAAAUCAAGUUGAUUUAUGACUUACAAACAGACAUACACGUAUCUGAUCUGACAUUUCAACCCUCUUUCACUGAAGGCAAUCAGUACUAUAUAUAUGCUACUUCACAUUUGCAAACAGAUGUGCUUUUUGUAGAGCUGUCAACGGGGAAAAUGAAUGUACUGAAGAAUUUAAAGGACCCUAUCACAUCCAAAGACUGGCCCUGGAGCAACUACAACAGAAUUAUGAAAGACAGUGGAUUAUUUGGACAGUAUCUCAUUACACCAGCUAAAGAUUCAUUGUUUGUUAUAAAUGGGAGGCAAAAUACAUUACGCUGUGAGGUUUCAGGUAUAAGGAGGGGUAACACAGUGGUCUGGGUUGGGGAGGUAUGA